ACGUACUUUCCGUUGUAAUAAAACAUGGGCGAAAUUCAACAGGCUGUAAGAAUGGAAUUUAAAGAUGCGUGAUAGAACUGCGGAACAGAGAGUGCGUCAAAAGGGCAAUCAAUCGGCGUGUAAAACUUGCGUGACAGAAAAGAACGGAGUGGCGCUGAUUGGUUACUUCUAUCACGCGCCGUGUAAUUUCAUCGCAACUUAUCGGAACAGUUGAGCAACGCGGCUAAAGGGAACAGGCCGCAACGUCUAGCGCCAUCCUUUGCAAUAUGGCGGUACGGAGCGGUGUUUGAUGCGGCGCGUGAGAUGUGUUCUUGGCGACAAGCGGGACGAUAAUUACCGAUAAUUAACGCUGAAUUACCGUAAAAAGACGCGAUCGGUCGGUGAGGUCGGUGAAGUCGGCUCGGUUUUAGGGAAGAGCGUGUGCGAAAUAUCCAUGAGGAUGUCGAAGCCGGACGAGAACGCGGACACCGGUGAUACGGGUGACAACUCGAACGGCUCCUCGGCGGAGACGACGUCGUCGAGGGGCGGGGAUUUCGAAACGAAGCUGGAGACGGACCGCAGUAAGCGUUUCGAUUAUCUGUUGAAGCAGACCGAGAUAUUCUCGCACUUCAUGACGAACAAUCAGAAGGACAAGGCCGGCAGUCCGCUGAAGAUCAAAGCCGGCAGGCCGAGGAAGCAGCCGGAGAAUCCGAAGUCGGACCCGGGCGAUCACAGACACCGCAAGACCGAGCAGGAGGAGGACGAAGAGCUGCUGGCGGAGAGCAACGCCAGCGUGGCGCCCACCACGCGCUUCGAGUCGUCGCCGCACUACAUCAAGUCGGGCGAGCUGCGGGACUACCAGAUACGCGGGCUGAACUGGAUGAUAUCGCUCUACGAGAACGGUAUAAACGGCAUCCUGGCGGACGAGAUGGGCCUCGGCAAGACGCUGCAGACCAUCUCUCUGCUGGGCUACAUGAAGCACUUCCGAAACAUUCCCGGUCCUCACAUCGUGAUCGUGCCGAAGUCAACGCUGGCCAACUGGAUGAACGAGUUCAAGAAGUGGUGUCCCACGCUGAGGGCGGUCUGCCUGAUCGGCGACGCGGAGACCAGGAACACCUUCAUCAGGGACGUGAUGAUGCCGGGCGAGUGGGACGUGUGCGUGACGUCCUACGAGAUGGUGAUAAAGGAGAAGUCGGUGUUCAAGAAGUUCAACUGGCGCUACAUGGUAAUAGACGAGGCGCACAGGAUCAAGAACGAGAAGUCCAAGCUGUCGGAGAUACUGAGAGAGUUCAAAACGGCGAAUCGGCUGCUGCUGACCGGCACGCCGCUGCAGAACAACCUCCAUGAGCUGUGGUCCCUCCUGAACUUCCUACUGCCGGACGUGUUCAACAGUUCGGACGACUUCGACUCCUGGUUCAACACGAACAGCUUCUUGGGCGACAACUCCCUGGUCGAGAGGCUGCACGCGGUGCUGAGGCCGUUCCUGCUCAGGCGUCUCAAGUCGGAGGUGGAGAAAGGACUGAAGCCGAAGAAGGAGAUCAAGGUUUACAUCGGUCUGAGCAAGAUGCAGAGGGAGUGGUACACGAAGGUGCUGAUGAAGGACAUCGACAUCGUGAACGGCGCCGGCAAGAUCGAGAAGAUGAGACUGCAGAACAUCCUGAUGCAGCUGCGCAAGUGCUGCAACCAUCCGUACCUGUUCGACGGGGCGGAGCCCGGGCCGCCGUACACCACAGACGAGCACCUGGUCUACAACUGUGGGAAAAUGGUGAUACUCGACAAGCUGCUGCCGAAGCUGCAGCAGCAGGAGUCCCGCGUGCUGGUGUUCAGCCAGAUGACCAGGAUGCUGGACAUCCUCGAGGACUACUGCCACUGGCGCGGUUUCCAGUACUGCCGAUUGGACGGCAACACCGCCCACGAGGACCGGCAGCGGCAGAUCAACGAGUACAACGCGCCCGGCAGCGAGAAGUUCAUCUUCAUGCUGUCGACCCGCGCCGGCGGACUCGGCAUCAAUCUCGCCACCGCCGACGUCGUCAUCAUAUACGACUCCGACUGGAACCCGCAGAUGGACCUGCAGGCGAUGGAUCGCGCCCACCGUAUCGGCCAGCAGAAGCAGGUGCGCGUCUUCAGGUUCAUCACGGAGAACACGGUGGAAGAGAAGAUCGUGGAGCGGGCGGAGGUGAAGCUGCGGCUGGACAAACUGGUGAUCCAGCAGGGACGGCUGGUCGACGCGAAGCAGACCGCCCUGAACAAGGACGAGAUGCUGAACAUGAUCAGGCACGGUGCGAACGAGGUGUUCGCCUCGAAGGACAGCGCCAUCACCGACGAGGACAUCGACACGAUACUGCAGAAGGGCGAGGCGAAGACGGAGGAGAUGAAGCAGAAGCUCGAGAGUCUCGGCGAGUCGUCCCUCCGCAACUUCACCGUCGACGCGCCCACGGACUCGGUCUACCAGUUCGAGGGCGAGGAUUACCGCGAGAAGCAGAAGAUACUCGGCCUCGGCAACUGGAUAGAGCCGCCCAAGCGCGAGCGCAAGGCCAAUUACGCGGUCGACGCGUACUUCCGCGAGGCGCUCCGCGUCUCGGAGCCGAAGGCGCCGAAGGCCCCGAGGCCGCCGAAGCAGCCGAUCGUCCAGGACUUCCAAUUCUUCCCGCCGCGUCUCUUCGAGCUGCUCGACCAGGAGAUCUACUAUUUCCGGCAAACGGUGGGCUACAAGGUGCCGAAGAACCCGGAGCUCGGUUCGGACGCCGCGCGGAUCCAGAAGGAGGAGCAGCGCAAGAUCGACGACGCCCAGCCGCUCACCGACGACGAGGUCGCCGAGAAGGAGAAGCUGCUCCUCCAGGGCUUCACCAACUGGACGAAGCGGGACUUCAAUCAGUUCAUCAAGGCGAACGAGAAGUACGGCCGCGACGACAUCGAGAACAUCGCGAAGGAGGUCGAGGGGAAAACCCCGGAGGAGGUGAUGGAGUACUCGGCCGUCUUCUGGGAGCGCUGCCACGAGCUCCAGGACAUCGACCGCGUGAUGGCGCAGAUCGAGCGGGGCGAGGCGAAGAUACAGAGGCGCGCCGGCAUCAAGAAGGCCCUGGACGCGAAGAUGGCGCGGUACCGCGCGCCCUUCCACCAACUCAGGAUAGCCUACGGCACGAACAAGGGGAAGAAUUACACGGAGGAGGAGGACCGCUUCCUCGUCUGCAUGCUGCACAAACUCGGCUUCGACAAGGAGAACGUGUACGAGGAGCUGCGCGCUACGGUCAGGUCGGCGCCCCAGUUCCGCUUCGACUGGUUCGUCAAGUCGCGCACCGCCCUCGAGCUCCAGCGUCGCUGCAACACCCUCAUCACCCUGAUCGAGCGGGAGAAUCAGGAGCUGGAGGAACGGGAGAGGCAGGAGAGGAGGAAGAAGGGCGGCAGCAUAGGCGCGAAGCCGACGUCCAAGCGGAAGCAGGAGAAUCUACCGGCGCCUCAGGACAAACCGCGGAAAAAGAAGAAGACUCUCUUUGGCGCGCGGCUGCCACUCACCGACGAUAACCGAAGGAUGGAUCCGCGGGAACGCUCUUUUCCACAUGCGCGCGCGCGCCUCGAUUUUGCUAAACACCGACUCUUCGCGACUCCCGCACGGAGGGGAAGAUCCUGCUGGCGCAGCUGAUUAGUUAGUUAGUUAUAGGGACAACGAAAAUAAUACGGACAGCGAGAAGAUUUGUCAAGAGUGUUCAUUACUGUUUGCUGCUUAUAUAUAAGGACGUCCCAGAAAAAUGUAUACACGCUUUAACAGCUUAUCCGCAGUGCCCGGUUAGUUUAAAGACAGACGUUGACUGGAAGAAAGAUCACUUGUAUCCGUAGAUUCUUUUACAUCAUUGAAAGUGAAAAUUCGCCGAUGAACACUCACUUUGUGAUCGUUCAGUGUGUGUAUAUUUUUUUCGGACAUCUUUUAUAUAGGCAGCAAAGUGAUCUAGUUGCGCCAACGAAAUUUUAUCGAUGUAACAACAACGGUUUUGCUACAAAAUUAUUUUUUUACAGAUCUGUCUUGUUGUCCUUGUAGUAACUAACGAUUCGUCGUGCCGGUGAAAUUACCUUUUCCGUAUACAAUCACUUCAUAAUUCAUCCUAGCGAGACACACAUAUAUAUAUAUACACACAAACACAAUUCUCAGACUCAACCAUCGCCGAGUUCGUCAGGGUCCACCGAAUUGUUUAACACAAAUUUGUAACGACGAAUUGUUUUUAGGUAAUUUAUCGUGUGAUUAGUCCAUUAGAGAGAAAGAGAUACAUACCAUGUGUGUGUGUGUGUGUGUGUGUAUCCAACGUGUGUAUUGGGCGUAAGUAGAUCCAGGCUAGAUCUAUCUCUCGUGUUUAGUGCCGCGGAAAGCAGAGUGUCGAUCAGACAAUUAACAUUUUUCCCGCGAGAAACGUGAAAAUAGAAUUAGCAGCGUUGUAAGAGAGAGUGUGUAUGUGUCUUUUCCUGUGUGCUCAGUGUUGACCGACGAUGAUGAUGAUGCCAGGAUGACCAGACGAGUAACUGAAAGGAUGCUAUUUAUUUCUUCGGAUCUCUAUCGAGCCUUUGUAAGUUGUUUCCGUUAUCGACGAGUUGAAAAACCCCUCUCCUCCUUCAUCUUCUUUUUAUUCGAUGAGCUUAGAGUUAGAUAUAUAUAUGUGUGUGUGUGUCUGUGUGUGUGUGUAUGUAAUAUGUAUGAUUUCUGUUCGAAUCUUAUACGCUAAUUUUUUUUAGUGCGGCACACAUAAUUACGUCGUAUGUUGUAUAACAUUUGAUUCGUUGAUGGAGGAAUCUCGAGAUGUAUUAUCGGUACGGUAAAUAAUAAUAAUAAUCGGUAAGUCAUUGGUUCACCGUCAGGCGUGUAUGUGUGUUACGUUUAAAUGAAUAUUAUAUGUUUGAGAAGAUUACUCUCCGGAAAAUAACGCGGAAAAUUGCCGAAUAACGAAGAUGAAGAUUUCUACUUCGACAUCACAGAAUGGCGCUUAAUGAAUAUAUGUCAAAUCCAAAACGCUGCGAGAGAGAUGUAUACUUAGAUUAAUUUUCAUAUUUAAGUUUACACGCGUAUGCACACACGCGCGCAAGCGAGCGCGCGCGCACACACACACACAAAAGAAAAAAAGAAUUCAUUCUGCGGGGAAAGACCGUUCGAAAUCUUCGAUAAUAAAAUAAAUCUUAUCACGGA